CCGAUGCAACCGUUUCUGACCCUGAACCGCAAACAGGGCUUGGGGUACGAUCUGGCUAAGCCUCGGAUGUGCUUCCCACUCAGCGAGAGGCCCGCAGCGCACCUGCUUUGCAUUGUACAGACGACUUAUAGCGAGCGGGGCUCGGCGUACACCGUUGCACUCUCCCUGAGAAACGCUUCCGGUAUCAGGGCUUGACCCAACUCAGUCUUCCCCACCCCUUCGCUGCCGCAGAACCCCAGAAGGUCCAGCUACUUCACCACUUCCGGUCCGGGGGGCUGGGGGAGGGUCCAACGGCUUCAACAGCGGAAGUGGCCUAGCGUGGACUCCUUCCGCUUCCGGCCUCGCGAGCUCCAGUGUGGCAACAUGAAACUGCUCACCCACAAUCUCCUGAGCUCUCAUGUGCGGGGCGUGGGCACGCGUGGCUUCCCGCUGAGGCUGCAGGCCACCGAGGUCCGCAUCAACCCCGUGGAGUUCAACCCCGAGUUCGUGGCGCGGAUGAUCCCCAAAGUGGAGUGGGCGGCGCUUGUGCAGGCGGCGGACACCUUAAACCUGGAAGAGGUGCCCAAAGAGCCGACCGAGGGCUACGAACACGACGAGACGUUCUUGAGGAAGAUGCACCACGUGUUGCUUGAGGUGGACGUGCUCGAAGGCACCCUGCAGUGCCCAGAAUCCGGCCGGCUUUUCCCCAUCAGCCGCGGGAUCCCCAAUAUGCUGCUGAAUGACGAGGAGACGGAAACGUAAACUUGCUAGCCGCCACUCUGACAUUUUGUGAAGUGUGUAUCAUUUGUAUAGUCUGUUAACUAGAUGUCAUGGAUGACCCCACCUCCCCCCAAUGACUCACCGACCACCAUGUACUUGAGCUCCAUAGUAUAUUUUUUUUUUUCUCAUUAAAGGUUCAAAACCAAAA